AUGUCGUCAGGAUCCAAUGGUGCACGGCGCGUGGCCUCGCUACUGCGGCCAUCAAUAAUCGACUCCGGCGUGUGCAGAAGCUGUCAAGAGACCCUUGGACGCCGCAGCUAUGCCUCCGCUGCACCAGCGACCGAAUCGACCGCCGCAUCGACAUCGGCCGAGCCCGCCGUGAAGUCAGCCUACACCAUCAACGCCGGUGUCGUCCUCUCCCGCCCUCCCCAGAUCACCCGUGAACUCGAGCCCUUCGAGAAAGCGUUCUUUUUCUACCAGAAGCGUCUGAACGAGCGUCUGGCCCUUCCCUUUACGAAAUAUUUCUACUUCAAGCGCGGAACACCAGCCGAUGAGGACUGGAAGAAGAAGAUCCAGGAGCGCCGGACUGCCGCGCGUGAUAUCGGAAAGUACAACGCGUACGACAGCGAUGCAUGGAACGAUGAGCUUCUGCUUGGCUCCCCGGAGUCUGAGCCUGAGCACCAGGUCGAGGCCCUCGUGCGGGACGCAGAGUCCACUGCCAAUGCGACUUCGCAGGAUACUAACAAGAAGAACGACCAGAAGAGUCUCGAUCGUUUGCUUUCCCGCACUCUCUAUCUCCUUGUGCAAUCCAAGGAGGGCCACUGGAAGUUCCCCAGCUCGCCAGUCGAGGCGGGUGAGACCCUUCGCACGGCUGCUGAACGUACCCUUGCCCAGUCCGCCGGAGUCAACAUGAACACCUGGAUGGUUGGCUUCCACCCCGUCGGAUGGCACUCAUUCAACGCUUCCAAGAAGGCCAAGACCGAGACCGAGGCUGCCGGCAGCAAGAUCUUCUUCUUGAAGUCUCGCAUGAUGGCCGGCCAGGCCGAUCUGUCCGUGAACACCCAGAACCUCAAGGACUUCAAGUGGCUGUCCAAGGAGGAACUCCCUCAAUACCUGAACACGCAAUACUACAGCAACAUCAAGAACAUGCUGGCCGAUCGGUAA